ACCAAGUUGAAAGCAAUGAGAAGUGCGCUGUUGAGUUCAAAACCGGGGCUGAAUAUCUGCAAUAGUUGGAACUCCAGCUUCCAUAUGCAGAGCCCUUCCUACCAAAAGAUGAGACGCACUACUACUUUUUCCGAAAAUGGAGAAAAGAUGACCUCAAGUAUAAUUCUGAAAUGGAAUAUUUUAAUGAAAUGGAAAACGAAGACGAUGAAGAUGAAAUUGAGGGAGAUAAUUUUGAUCUGAACUUCAGUCAUCUCGAACCGACGAAUGGAGAAACCAAGCCAGAGUUAGAUUCCGGAAGACAGCUGGUGGAAUGGUUGGAGAGGAGACUAGAAUAUAUAGAGCCAUUUGCACCAAAUGAUGCUGUCCACUUCUAUUUCAAACGAACAUGGAGCCGUGAGAAAUUUGUUGCUACUGUCGAUACGUUGGAGGAAAUGGAAAACGAAGACGAUGAAGAAGUACUUGAGACAGAAGUUUCUCAUCAAAACGUAAGUCAACUACUCAUCGAACCGACGAACGAAGAAACCAAGCCAGAAUUUGAUUCCGGAAGACAACUGAUGGAAUGGUUGGGGAAGAGACUAGAAUAUAUAGAGCCAUUUGCACCAAACGAUGCAGUCCACUUCUACUUCAAACGGAGAUGGAGCCGUGAGAAAUUUGUUGCUAGUCUUGAUGCAGUCGAGGAAAGGGAGACUGUGGAAGAAACGAAUGAAGAAGUCCAUGUAACACCUCAUAUUGAACCUUAUCCCAGUUCUACAGAGGAUGAAGAAGACAUUAACGUGUACAUUAGUUUGAUGUCGAGGCCAAUGGCUCUGGAUGGAUUUAAGUUAGAAGAGAAAACUCAAGAACAUGUGCAAGAAAAACAUUUGCCUGGCAAAGUAAUUGAACACGUUGUCAUGGAAACUUCUAUAAAGAAUGAAAUAUUUGCUGCAUACCCUCAAAUGGAACCACUGACAAAAGAAAGUAACUCAGGCGAAGAGAGGAAGAUUAAGAAACAACAAAAGAAAAGACAAAGUUUCCUACGCCGUUUAUUUGGUCGUUAAUGAAAAAGAUACUUUUAUUCUACAUUUCA